CUCAAGGAGCCUGAGCACCCUUCCAUGUGGGGCCCCGUGGAGCUGGUGGGCAUCAUCGCCGGGCCCGUGUUCCUCCUGUUUCUCAUCAUCAUCACCGUCUUCCUUGUCAUUAACUACCAUCAGCGUGUCUAUCACAACCGCCAGCGACUAGACAUGGAGGACCCCUCCUGCGAGAUGUGUCUCUCCAAAGACAAGACGCUGCAGGAUCUCGUCUACGAUCUCUCCACAUCAGGCUCCGGCUCAGGGCUGCCGCUCUUUGUGCAGCGCACCGUGGCGCGAACCAUCGUCUUGCAGGAGAUCAUCGGCAAGGGCCGCUUUGGGGAGGUGUGGCGGGGCCGCUGGAGGGGCGGCGACGUGGCCGUGAAGAUCUUCUCCUCGCGAGAGGAGCGCUCGUGGUUCCGGGAGGCCGAGAUCUACCAGACGGUCAUGCUGCGCCAUGAAAACAUCCUGGGAUUUAUUGCGGCCGACAAUAAAGAUAACGGCACCUGGACCCAGCUGUGGCUGGUCUCCGACUACCACGAGCACGGCUCCCUGUUCGAUUAUCUGAACCGCUACACGGUGACCAUCGAGGGCAUGAUCAAGCUGGCCCUGUCGGCCGCCAGUGGGCUGGCGCACCUGCACAUGGAGAUCGUGGGGACACAAGGGAAGCCUGGGAUCGCCCAUCGAGACUUGAAGUCAAAGAAUAUCCUGGUGAAGAAAAACGGCAUGUGCGCCAUCGCAGACCUGGGCCUGGCCGUGCGCCACGACGCAGUCACCGACACCAUCGACAUCGCCCCGAACCAGAGGGUGGGGACCAAACGGUACAUGGCCCCCGAAGUCCUUGAUGAGACCCUCAAUAUGAAACACUUUGACUCCUUCAAGUGUGCUGACAUAUAUGCCCUGGGGCUCGUCUACUGGGAGAUCGCUCGGAGAUGCAACUCCGGAGGAGUCCAUGAAGAAUAUCAGCUGCCAUAUUAUGACUUAGUGCCCUCUGACCCUUCCAUUGAGGAAAUGCGAAAGGUUGUCUGUGACCAGAAGCUACGUCCCAACAUCCCUAACUGGUGGCAAAGCUAUGAGGCCUUGCGGGUGAUGGGGAAGAUGAUGCGAGAGUGCUGGUACGCCAACGGCGCAGCCCGCCUGACUGCCCUGCGCAUUAAGAAGACCCUCUCGCAGCUCAGCGUUCAGGAGGAUGUGAAGAUCUAGCCCUGCCCCCCACGACCCGGGCAGCGAGGACUCCCCCGGUGCUGCCGCGAUGAGCAUCCAGUGGAGGCCUACCUCUCGUUUCUGCCCAGCCCUCGGUGGCCAGCAGCCCUGGCCCGCCCGGGGGACAGAGCAGCGAGCUGCCGGAGAGCCACGCUCGCUCCCACGUUGGGUUUGAGACACAGACACCUCUUCUUUUUACCUCCUGUCGGCAUGGGGGUGCCAAGGGCGAGCACCCAUGCCACCACUUGGACGGCUGCAGCUCUCCAGGCACCCUGGGGCAUCUGGCCUGCAGCCGGAGCCGGGAGGGGUGGCCCGCAGGGGCUGUGGCUGCCAAUGUUGAGUGGCCCCGAGGGGCUCCUUCAGGGGCCAGCCCACAGCACACCUGAGGCAACCCCAGGGCAGCCCUACCCUGGCAGCUCUGAGCCAAGGGCCCCCGGCCCCCUCGCACAGACACCAGAGGGGUGGCCAAUGGAGCCUGAACCCGCCACAUGUGUGUCCAGCCAUGUGUGCAUGUGCUGAGGUGCGUUCUGUUGUGCCUGGUCUGUGCCACGCCCUUCCACGUAUGUGUGUGUGUGUGUGUGUGUGUGUCCGUGUCUGUAGGUGCACACUUACCUGCUUGAGCUUCUGUGCAUGUGCAGGGCUGCUGUGGUUGUCCUGCCAUCCGCGUGCUGGUGCCUCUGUGUUCAGUAGUGAGCAGCGUCUAGUCUUGGUGCCCAGCCGGGGACCCUGCACCCACCUAGCCCCGGGACUCCCCGCAGGCCGCCCUGCACACCUCUGUGUCAACACAGCCCUUCUCCGUUUCAGACUGGAACCAAAGCUGGCCCACUCGCCCUCGGAGGAAGGCCUUUGGGUCACCAUGGAGGGGAGGAGUGGGGGUGGGGGUG